AGAUGGAAUGGUAGAUGGAGUUACACAGAAAGCUGAGAACUACAAGUCAACGUUAAUGGGUUAUUUUGAAUAUUAUGUUGAAAAUCCAACCGCACCCUCUUAUACUUAUCAAGAGUUCCCGCAGCAUUUUGUCUGGAGUGAAAGUAAAUGGCAUAUCAGAAAAUAGGGUUUCGCGAUCGCAAGGAUGUAUUUUGUUUCUCCGAACGCCAGAGAACUAUACUAUCUUAGAUUGUUGCUAACCGUUGUUGCAGGAGCCAAUUCGUUUGAAAGUCUAAAAACAGUGAACGGUCAAAGGUGUGAUACAUACAAAAAAGCUUGCAUCGAACUUGGAUUACUGGAACAUGAUGGAGAAUGGCAAGCGCUACUUGAAGAGUCGGCGGAUAUCCACACAGGCAGUAAACUAAGAAAACUGUUCAAAGUAGUCUUAUGUGAUUGUAACCCAACGGAACCAGAAGUUCUGUGGGCGAAAUUUGGUUUAAGAAUAUGUGACGACCUCCCUCAUAGAUUACGAGCACUGUAUGGUAUCCAAAAUCCGAUUGAUGAACAGGUUUUGGAUUACGGAUUGUACCUCUUGGACAAAUUGCUAUGGCGAGGUGGCAAAGAGCUGAAAGAUUUUUCCAGCAUGCCAUUACCAAAAGGAGAUUGGGGCAAGAUAGAUGGCAACGGGUUGAUGCAUGAGCAUAAGCAACUUGAGCUAGCAAUUAAACAGCCAGAACUUCGAAGAAACAUUGCAAGCUUGAAUCAAGUACAAUUAUCGGCAUACACUAAGAUAACGGAGUCCGUAGAAAAAAGAGAUGGACGUACGUUUUUUAUAAAUGGAAGUGCAGGGACUGGGAAAACUUUCUUAUACAAUACAGUAGCCGCUAGCUGUCGAUUAAAAGGCGACAUAGUCCUAACAGUUGCAUCAUCAGUGAUAAGGUAUUGCUUCCUUACUAUUGGUAGGCGGUAGAACUGCCCAUUCUACGUUCAAAAUCCCAAUAGAGAUCAACGAAACCAGC